UCCUAGCAGGCAGUGCAGGCAAGCGCAUCCUACCGCGAUGGGGAGAGCAGGAUUACUAGUGAUGUUAGCAGUGUGUCUGGUCGAACUCUGCCAUAGUUCGGCUGCUUCAGGUGCAGCGUCCAAGAUUAUUCUAGAUAGCCACUUUACGUACAUCAUACUGGGUGGGGAUCACGUGGCGGAAAGCGUUGGACGGUACCUUUCCGCGCGGGAUACCAAUAAAACGGUGCUAGUGCUUAAGGGAAGCCGGUGUAACGAUGUACUCGAACCAUCCGAACCGUCGAAGUUGUGGUUGGAGGCAUCUUACCUCUUCGCCGAAAGUGCUCACUAUCUGGGCUACGAAUUUAUCGAUCCGUUUCUGCACGGUUCUAAACCGGGCAUUGCGUUUACGAAUCAAACUUCCAGUUUUAUACCGCCCGUUCAACAACUGUAUGCCGUCGAUCCCAAUCUGAAGAUGCUAACUGAUGCUAGACCGCAGAGAAUUAUCUACAAUAAGGCAUCUUCAACCGCAUUGGGAGUUGAGGUAAGCAUCAACUUUGAAACACAGUACAUCUUUGCCAAAGAAGAACUGAUCAUAGCCGGAAGAUGUAUGGAGGACUAUCGACUACUCUCUCGUGCGGAUAUUCUUGCCUCUGACGAGCUGGAUACGCUCCUCAACGAAAUUCCUCUUGAGAUAGCUCUGAAAAGUCCAAUCAUAGCUCCGAUCUACACGUUUAAUAGCAAUCCACCGCAUAGCGCCGCACUCCCCACCAAGCAGCCAUGUUGUCUGCUGGCGACGGAACUGUUCAUUGAGACACUUUCCAAGUCGGAAACGAUCAAACAGGGCAUACAACCAAACGCUAAGGUGAACAUUGUGGUGAAGGAACAGACACCUCAUUCCUGGAUUGGAUUUAAUCCCUCCGUCAUAUACCAGGAGUCGGCCACGGAGUUAAACGAUCCAGCAACUAUAAUCAAGGUUCUUGCGGAUACGAUUGAAAUUUGUUUAAAAUUAGGCACAAGUCAAACAUUUCAAAAGCUAGGCCUAUCGCUUCAACCACAGCAGAUACCAGAUUCGGCCACAUAUACCUGCCCACCGAACCUACCCGACAGCGUGCUGUGUUUUGUAAACUAUACGCUGUCCACCGCGUAUAACAGUGUCGAGGAUCCCGCCACCGCGUGUUCACCGUUCAAAAUGGAGUAUCUUGGGAAAGACUUUCGGUUGAAAAUGUCCCGAAAUCUACGACUACUGCCGUUUGGUCUCACAUCCCCCUUCCUGGAACGCUGGUGGAAAGGGAUAUUUGUGCCCAGGAAGGUACAGCGCGAAUAUACGACCCGUAUCGGUAUCGUCAAUCCAGCGUUGACGCAACUCAAUCACCUUUCGAUAGAUGCGCUGCUGGACAAGCUAAGAGAGCGUUUAAAGGUUAUUGAAAGUAUGACGCCGAAGCAUUAGAUAAGCGAAAGGGUGCUGUUUGUGUGCAAUACUUCUAGAGAUACAAUGAUCGAUGCGUGGGCUUUCUGAUAGUGGCUAUCGCGGGUACAAUAUAGUCUAUAAGCAAGAACAGUAAGACAACCGAUGGAUAUG